AUGUGUAUCCUCUUGUGUGUAAGCGAGACGGCAGGCAAUAACACGCGAGUUGAGCCUGAACAAAGAAAGACGGAGAAAGACCUUCGAAUUCAAUAUCUUUCCUGUUUAUUGGCCCAGUCCUGUCCUCAGCUGGCUGCCGAAGUACUGGAACUACGGCAGGAGUUUACAAGUGGUAACUCACAGACCGCCGAACUAGUUUGUCAACUUGGCAAACUUGACACUCUUUACCAGACACUGGUUCAUGCAAAGCGUAAAGGACGCUACGAUAUUGAACAGUUGAAAGUGCAUCGUUCGCAGAUAUCUGACGAAUGGGUUGCAAAUCAAGCAGACGCUAUAUUGGCCGAAUUGGGGACGAUGAAUGACAAACGAUUAUCAAUCCCUAUAAUAUUCGUUAUUGGUGGCCCCGGGGCUGGAAAGGGUACGCUAUGUGCUCGUCUGGUGCAGAAAUUCAACUAUUGUCACGUCUCAGUUGGCGAGCUGCUUCGCGAGGAGCAAAACAGGCACGGAUCUGUAUUUGGAGAUUUCAUCUCUAAGAGCCUUGCUAAUUCCGUUGUUGUGCCGGCAUCUCUUACUAUGCUACUUCUCAAGCAAAAAGUUCAACACGCUGCAGACAACGGACAGGGCAUUCUCAUUGACGGGUUUCCACGCAGUCUGAGUCAAAUCAUAGCAUUUGAACAGGAGGUCCGUAUUAGUAGACAACUGUUUUCUGUGGCUAACCUAAAUUAA